UCCUCCUCAUCACUCGGCCUCGCUUAGGACCUCAGCAGCGCCUGGCACGACCCGCGAGAGAGGGAGCCCGUCGGAGCCCCGCGAGCUAGCGCCGAGACCCGAGAGCGCUCUGGAGGAUUAAGCUCACAUCACUGCAUAUAGAAAUACACACUUAAAGAAAGAGAGAAAAAAAAACAAUUAAAGUCCAUAAUGGAUACCGCCCCCCACUUUCUGUCCCUGUGCGUGCUGCUGUUUUCUCUCGGCUCGCGGAUAGAGGAAGGCGCGUGCCAGCACUACUACCUCCUUCGCCCCAUCCCCAGCGACAGCCUGCCCGUGGUGGACCUCAAGGAGGACCCGGACCCCGUGCUGGAUCCUAAGGAGAGGGACCUAAACGAGACGGAGCUGCGCGCGCUGCUGGGAGCGCACUUUGACGUGCACUUCAUGGCUAUUUCCGCGCCGGAGGAGAAGCGCGCGGGCGGCGGCGGGGGAGAGGAGACGGAGGCGACGGGGAGCGAGACGGACGCGGCACGCCUGCGGCCCCCCGGGCCCAUGCCCCGGGACAUCCGGACUCUGGACUUUGAGCUGCCCGGCUGGAAGAAGCCGAGCAAGAAGAUGCGGCGGCGCCUGCAGCUGUGGCUGUGGUCGUACACGUUCUGCCCGGUGGUGUACGCGUGGCAGGACCUGGGCAGCCGUUUCUGGCCGCGAUACGUCAAGGUGGGCAGCUGCGCGAGCAAGAGGUCGUGCUCGGUGCCCGAGGGCAUGGUGUGCAGGCCGGCCAAGUCGGCGCACUUCACCAUCCUGCGGUGGCGUUGCGUGCCGCGCAAGGCGGGGGGGCUGCGGUGCAUGUGGAUCCCCGUGCAGUACCCCGUCAUCUCGGAGUGCAAAUGCUCCUGCCCCACCUGAGGACCUAGAAGCGAAGCUACUCAAGCCCAUUUCUCUCUCUCUCUGUCUCUCUCUCUCUCACACAUGCACUGUCCUGUCCGGUGUAGGAAUGUACAUGCUAUGUAUAUGUGGUGUCAUUUUAUAAUUUUUAUUCUUAUUAUAUUAUUAUUUUUUUUUAUAUCUCGUAAAGAGGUCAGUAUUACGUGUAACCAGCGUCUACUGUAUUUGCUGAGCAUACUUUGGUUGUAAUGUAUUUAUGGUGAGAACAUUUCGCAUUAAAGUGCGUUUAUUUGAAGGAAUUCCAAGCUUUUUCCAUUAUUCGGAAAAAAUAAAGAAAUAUAUAUAUAACUUUUAUAGACCUCAAAUGAAAUAAAGCUAUAGAUUACAGUGUAAUUUUGCAGCUCGCUGUGCUGUGAACAGAAAAGGGGGGACACGGAGUUAACUCAUGAAUCAUCGUGUAAAUUAAGAGAAACGUCUAUUUAUUCUUUAUUUCCAUGUAGUCGAAAGUCAUUUGAAAUAAAACCACUAAAAGGA